AUGUUACGAUCUAUUAGUCUCAAGUACUCAGCUGUUAGAAGAAGUCUGUCUAGCUUUUCAAGAGCAUCUUUGGAAGGCCUAGAUUUCGAAAAUAGCAAAUAUCCAUCGAAUAAUGAUCUAUCGUUUGGUGUAACUGUAGACUCUGAGGAUGAUAUACGGGUUAUUGAAAGAAAUGAUAUACUUUCCCAAAAUGCUACCUCUCCAUUCAGAAAAAAAGACGGUGAGCCUCUUCAAGGAAGGAAUUCUCAAGAGGCAAGAGUAUUACCAGAAACUCUACAGGCUAUGAGUUUCAGAGAUCAGAUUGAACUCAAUCCUCUGGUAUCACAAGUGAUAAAAAACAACAUUCUGUCAGUACAAAUCCCAAACAAUUUGAGAAGAUCAGCAUCUAAUUAUUAUGUAGAACUGUACCGUGAUAAAUUGCAUCGACCAAUGAAAAGUACAAUGGAAGUUGAUUCACAUAUUGCAGCCAUUUUUCAGCAAAAUUAUGCAGCAAUAUAUCAGACCUUGACAGAGUUAAGAAAACGUUUGGGGAAUAGAGUCUUCAAUCCUCAAAAUGUACUUGAUGUUGGUUAUGGACCUGCUACAGGCAUUGUUGCAUUGAAUGAUCUUAUGGGUAAAGACUAUAGGCCAAAAAACAAAGAAGCCGUUAUUAUUGGUCACAUAGAUAUGCAAAAACGAGCAAAACUAAUGCUUAGUAGGCAAUUGAAUGAGGUUCGCGAUGAAACUGUUACUGUUGACACCGCAGAGAAUUCCGAUGAUAUAGUAGAGGGUGAAGAUUUAGUUGGUGAAGUGAUGACCAAAAAAAUCAACAUAAACACAAGGUUGACAAAAAAUGUACCUGGAUCUGGACAAUAUGAUCUGAUAAUAAUAACUCAUCAACUAUUAAAAAAUGAAGAGAAAUUCCCAAUACAAAUAGAUGAUAAUUUAGAACAUUAUUUGAAUUUAUUGGCGCCUGGAGGUAAUCUAGUAAUUGUGGAAAGAGGAAACCCAUUAGGUUUUGAAACAAUUAGUAGAGCAAGACAAAUAAUGAUCAGACCAGAAAAUUUUCCGGAUGAACAUGGCAAAAUACCAAGACCUUGGACUAGAGGAUCAAUCAAAAAAACCAAAAUUGAAUCAAAAAAAGAUGAAGAAUCAAGGGCUAAUUUCGAAGAUGCAAAGAGACUCUUAAAGGAAAUAGAUGAAAAUCAUGGACCGAUAAAUGAAAAAGAACUAGAAUUCGAACCAGAGUUGUUAAGAGAACUGGAAAAGAGAGAGGAAGAGAACGAAAAAGCGUCAAACAUUAAUUUCUAUCUCAAGAUAAUUGCACCAUGUCCGCAUCACCGUAAAUGUCCUUUACAAGUUGGAAAUCCAAAAUUAUACGAACAUGAUAAAGAUAACAAACUCAAGUUCUGUAAUUUUCAAAAAAAUGUACUAAGAAGUAAGUUUAGUAUGGAACUGAAAAAAGGUAAAAUUCUGGCAACGCCAUGGCAAACUCCAGAAGAUGGUAUUGGCAUGCCCGGAAUGGCAAAUGCAGGAACCGGGAGAAAAAACGGGCAAAACUAUGAACUUAUAAACUAUUCUUAUCUAAUUGUUGAACGGUCACCAUGUGACAAAGAAUCGAUUGAAAGAAUAGAACACGAAAGAGAGAACGCAACAAACAGAUUCGAAAUUGGAUCCCUCGGCGAUAAGACUCAAAAUACAUGGCCACGCAUCAUCAACCAACCCAAAAAGAGGAAAGGCCAUGUUACAUUAGAGUUAUGUGGGUCGUCUGGACAACUGGAAAAAUGGACAGUGCCAAAAUCCUUCGAUAAACAAAUUUAUCAUGAUGCAAGAAAAUCGAUGAAAUCUGACCUGUGGCCGCUCGAAGCAAAGACAAAGUUGAAGGGUUCGGUAAAUUUCAACAUCGCUAAGUUAGAAAUGCUGGAAAAAGCAAGGAUUAAACGCCUGAAGAAGGACGCGAAGGAGCGGGAUAGAAGAAUUGAUGAACUCUUCCCACAUGCUCAUGAGACCAUGGAUAUCGGUACUCUGGCAGAAGUAUAUGGCCAUGACUACGCAAAAAUGGAUAAGAAAAAAACCUAA